CCGUCGGGUCCAAUAGGUGUACCACUGGUCGGAUACCUGCCAUUCCUCGGACGACAACCGCAUAGAGAUAUCGCAAAAUUGAGUGAAAAAUACGGAAACGUUUUUACAUUGCAAUUAGGAGUCCAUAAUAUAGUUAUUCUCAAUGAUUGGGAGGCAGUAAAGGAUGCCUUUCAAAAGGACGCCUUCUUAGACCGACCCAAAGACAGUGCAUUUGUUAUUGCAGACGUCGAUAGCAUCAUUAAUUGUAAAGGUUUUGGCGAUGAUAAUGGGCUCUUAUGGAGAGAGCACCGGAGGUUUGCGUUACAAGCGAUGCGAGACUUAGGGUUUGGAAAGGGAAGUAUGGAGGAUAGGAUUGGCGAUGAGAUCACACAUUUCACUAAACUUAUCGAUGAAACCGAUGGCCAGGGAUUCAAUUUUCAUAAAAUUCUGACUCCGAGUAUGUCUAACAAUAUCUGUCAUCUGGUAUUUGGACACCGGAUGGACUUCAAUGAUCCCAAACGUAUUAUAUUUGAUAAUAUGUUGGAUACGCUCGCGAGUCAGUUCUCAAUGCUCGGAGUUUUUAAGGAAAUAGAGUCACACCAGAAGACUUUGGAUCCAAACAAUAAUCGUGAUUAUAUCGACGGAUUCCUCAAUGAAAUGAAAAUCAGACAACAAAGGGAUCCCAACACUAGUUUCACGAUUAAUAAAUUAGCAGCGAAUAGCAGAGCAUUUUUUGGUGCGGGCAGUGAAACAGUGCGAACAACAGUCGAGUGGUUAGUAUUGUUGGCCGUAAAACACAAAGACAUUCAAAAGAGAUUACACGAAGAGAUCGAUGAUGUGAUCGGUAGAGACCGGAGCCCCACGUGGGCUGACAGGCUUGAUAUGCCUUAUACUCAGGCAGUCAUUAAUGAAGUGUUUCGUUGGAAAACUAUUGCACCAUUAAAUUUAAUGAGAAGCGCUUCUGAAGAUGCAUAUAUUUUGGGUCAUUUCAUACCCAAAAACACCCGAAUAAUGGCUAAUAUAUGGGCCGUCCAUUACGACCCCAAAGUAUGGAACAACCCUGAUCAAUUCAAUCCCAAUAGAUUUUUAACACCUGAUGCCAAACAAUUGAUUAAAACCGAAGCUUUGAUACCAUUUUCUUACGGUAAACGCAAUUGUGUUGGCGAGACAUUAGCACGAGUGGAGGUAUUCCUGUAUUUUGUAUCACUUUUACAAAGAUAUACAAUAAGUGCCGAAAACGAAGAGAUGUUGUCAUUAGACGACAAAUUUGGGCUAACAUUACAGCCAAAGGAAUCACAGUGUAACCUCAAAAUAAGUUUUACCUCGUUGUUCAUUUUGCUGUAUUACUUGUCUGACAAGCAUAUAUUCAGUACUUAUAAGGAGCGUCUGAGUCUACCGUCGGGUCCAAUAGGUGUACCACUGGUCGGAUACCUGCCAUUCCUCGGACGAGAACCACAUAAAGAUAUCGCAAAAUUGAGCGACAAAUACGGAGGAGUUUUUACAUUACAAUUAGGAGUUCAUAACACAGUUAUAGUGAAUGAUUGGGAGUCAGCAAAAGAUGCUCUUUUAAAGGACUCCUUCUUAGACCGACCAAAAAACGGUCCGUUCACUCUCGCAGACAACUCAAGCAGUCUCGUUGACGAUAGCGGACAGGAAUGGAGAGAUCACCGGAGGUUUGCAUUACAAACACUUCGAGAUUUAGGGUUUGGAAAGGGAAGUAUGGAGGAUAGGAUUGGCGAUGAGAUCUCAUAUCUCAUUAAACUUAUUGAUGAAACCGAUGGCCAGGGAUUCAAUUUCCAUAAACUAUUGGUCCCGAGUAUGUCUAAUAAUAUCUCUCAUCUGGUAUUUGGUCAUCGGAUGGACUUCAAUGAUCCCAAACGUAUCAUAUUUGACGAUCUGUUGGAUACCGCGGGUCCAUUGUUUUCAUUAUUAGGACUAUUUGCUGUCUCUCCCGUUUGGUUCAGUAAAAUAAUCUUAAAAGUCGGAGCCAUCGGAAUGUCAAAGAAAUUUGAGACUGUUAUUAAUAUAUUUAAUAAGGAAAUAGAGUCACACCAGAAGACAAUGGAUCCAAACAAUAAUCGUGAUUAUAUGGACGGAUUCCUUAAUGAAAUGCAAAAGAGACAACACACUGACCCCAACUCUAUUAAAAAGUUAUCGACAAACAGCAGAACAUUCUUCGGUGCGGGCAGUGAAACAGUGCGGACAACAGUCGAGUGGUUAGUAUUGUUAGCCGUAAAACACAAAGACAUUCAAAAGAGAUUACACGAAGAGAUCGAUGAUGUGAUCGGUAGAGACCGGAGCCCCACGUGGGCUGACAGACUUGAUAUGCCUUACAGUCAGGCAUUCAUUAAUGAAGUGUUUCGUUGGAAAAAUAUUCUACCGCUAAAUCUUGUGCGAAGCGCUUCUGAGGACUCGUAUAUUUUGGGACAUUUUAUUCCAAAAGAUACCCGAAUUUUAAUCAACUUAUGGGCUGUUCACCAUGAUCACAAAGUAUGGCAAAAACCUGAACAAUUUAAUCCAAAUAGAUUUAUAACAAGCGAUGGGAAGAAUUUAAUUAAAACGGAAGCUUUAAUACCAUUUACCCUGGGUAAACGCAAUUGUGUUGGCGAGACAUUAGCACGAGUGGAGGUAUUCCUGUAUUUCGUAUCACUUUUACAAAGAUAUACAAUAAGUGCCGAAAACGAAGAGAGAUUCACAUUAGAGGACAAAUUUGGGCUAACAUUACAGCCAAAGGAAUCAUUUAUUCUUAGGUUUCAGAAACGAUUUUAAACAAUACAAUGAU